AUGGCGUCCUCGAAUCCUGGCCAGGUUUCUUCGUCUGGAAUCACCGUCGAUGCCGCGACCGGGGAGCGAUACAUCCCUUCUUCUGUCCGUGCGGAUGGUUCUAAACGUCGUGAGAUUCGCGUGCGCCCCGGAUACCGUCCUCCAGAGGACGUGGAACUCUACAAGAACCGUGCGGCCGAGGCAUGGAAGAAUCGCGGGAAGGCCGGGGUCCCGGGUGCGGAAGGGUUGAACCAGGACGAUGCCAGCUCCAAACCUGCCAGUACUGCCAGCAAUAAGAAUGCGAAACGUCGAGAAGCAAGAAAGAAGGCAAAGGCGGAUCAAGAGGGAUCCCAGUCGAUCGACACGAAGAACGUGAAGGAAAUGGAAAACUGGCGGGAUUCGUCGGAUAAGAAUGUCGCAGGGGCUGCAGAACCCGUGGACCCUGAAGCAGAGAAAGAAAAGAAGGCACGCAACCUCAAAAAGAAGCUGAGACAGGCACGCGAUCUAAGAGACAAGAAAAACCAAGGCGAAGCGUUGCUGCCAGAGCAACUGGAGAAAGUGAUCAAGAUCCAGGAAUUAAUCCGUCAGCUGGAUGCUUUAGGAUUUGACGUGAACGGUGACAAAAAGGAUCAGGGCAAUGAGAACUAUGCAUUUGGGGAUGACUCCUCCCGCCGUUGUCCAUCGACAUUCGCUGUGAAACCUGACAAUGGGGAGGCUGUUCGAUGCGGCUGUUCGCCCCAUCAGAUUGAUUACCAUGGCAGACAGAUCAGCCGCGUAAACCUACAAGAAGCGUCUGAGAUUGUCGAUAUCCAUUAUCAAACGGCGAUUCCUGCCAUCUUACGAGCGCAGGAAUCCCCUCUCACCCUCUGGCGUUGA